ACAAAUACUCCCAAUCUGAACACGUGUCUCCACCUUGGAUUGUUUAAUGAUGUGACAUGUUAUGAAACCUGUACAAAAUUGUCAAUUUUGAAGAGAUGAAUUAUCUGUAACUAAAGGAUUUGUUUAUCUGGAUUUUGUAUGCGUAUUAUCACAGUUUUAAAACUGUCGGGUCGGCUGGAGACAGAAUGAGGAAGUGUGGUUUAUCAUGUUGAUGUUUCACAACUGACAGAUAAGGUUAAAACGAGACUGACUGUUUCACCUCGUCAUGACGGACACAAGUAAUGGGUCGAGAUCCUCAACAGAGGAUAUUUUCAGCACUCAACAGAAGUUUUAUAUCAUGAAUGUUGACAAGUCUGUGAGCCCCCUUUACCUCAAGGAGUACAUGUGCCUAGAUCCCAGCAUCCAGGUGUAUAUACAUGUGGACAAGCGUGGCAAGUCCAAGGAAUGUGCAGAGGUGGUGGUGCCCAAGACCCUCACAAAAGAGGUGUUACGGAUGGAUGGCAGGUUACUCAAAGGAAAGGAGCUUUCAGUCAAACAACCAGAGAAUAUGCAGAAACUUGUCACAUCAAAAUGGAGAAAGAAUGAGGAAGGGACAGUGUUUUGUCUUUCCGAAUGUGUUGAGUCUGUGGUUUCAAUGUCAAAAGAGAGAACAGAGUUUAUGUAUCACAUGAUAGAUGCAGGAGCUUAUCUUGUUGAUCCUGGUUUCACUGCAGAGAAGGAUGUCAACGAAGUCAUCAAACGAGCUUUCCUAUCUGGUGUAGAGAAGGUUGUGGUGAAGACACUGACGGUGAGACAGGCCAUGAAGGCUAAGGCCCUGGCCGACAGCUUCCCUGGGAUCAUCUACUUCACCGCUGGCAUCCACCCCACCAAAGAAAGUUCAUGGAAAGGGGAGAGAACUCUACAGCAACUGUGUGACCUCCUAUCCCACCCCCAGUGUGUGGCCCUGGGUGAGAUCGGGCUGGGAAAGGCUGAAACAGACACUCAGAGGGAGAUGUUCAGAGCCCAGGUGAAACAGGCAUGUGACAUGGACAUACCCCUGGUGUUGUGUGACACGAGUAAGCUGGAGACAACACAGAGGAUCCUCUCAGAAUUCAAGGACAAACUACCGCCAGUUUGUAUUAGCGGAGACAGGCUGACAACGACAGACUUGAAGGCAUUCUAUGACAUGGGAUUCUACAUCUCCUUGACAGGACAUGCCUGGACUAGCCCAUAUAAGGGAUGUCCAAGAGAUUGGCUGAGCAGUGUAUCACGUGACAUAGAGACAAUGAGGCUAAUCCUGGCCAGCGAGGCUCCUGGAAAGUACCCCGACUUCAUCGGCAACUACGCUGGUUCAUCAAGAUCUCACCAUCAAGCAGUGUUCAAAGUUGAUGGUUGUAACUUGUCGGAGGACAGCUCAAAGUUGACAAUGAAGUACUGUUGUAAGCGGAACGAGCCACUUAGUUUACACAGCAUCUUGGAGUUGGCAUCGGGUAGAGUUCAGCGGACUCCACAACAGCUCGCGGACAUGGUCAGACAAAAUACGUAUACAUUCUAUAGAUUUACUGAAAAGUCUGACAGGAAGUUGGUAGAAAGUUCUGAAGGAACAUGUAGUGAGGUGCAGGAAGUGACCUCUGAGGUUGUUGACCUCCAGCCAGACAAGAGGAGGAAACUGCUGCCAUAUCGCUGGAGUGAGGUGUUCAACAACAAACCAACCAACCAAUCUCGUGUGAAACUGAAAUGUGUUGGCAUCCUGCUGUCUGGGAAGACUAUGGUAUUCCCUCAGAAUGGUGGUUCUGGAGGGUCUUGUGUGGCUGGAACGGUGAGCGACAAUCCCCACUUCACUGGAACAGAUGGAGUCACUUCGUUGAAUCUACCUGGGCACAUUCUUGGCUUAUGUUAUGAACUAUUAUACCUUGUUGUUUCCAAGUACCAAUGAAUAAAAACCAUUAACUGUA